AGGGAAGAGAAGAAGAGGCUAAAGUAAUCAUGAGAAAAAUCUACUCAGCAGAAAAUGUAGAACAAGAGAUUGGAGCAUUAAAAGACUCAGUUGAAUCAGAGAUACUAGAGGAAGGAUCUUCAGAGAAAAUCAACAUGAUCAAACUAUGCAAAACCAAAACCGUUAGACGAGGACUAAUAGCUGGUGUUGGUCUCCAAGUGUUUCAACAGUUCGUUGGUAUCAACACCGUUAUGUAUUACAGUCCAACCAUUAUCCAGCUGGCUGGUUUCGCUUCGAACAGAACAGCUAUUCUCUUGUCUCUAGUUACCGCAGGACUAAACGCAUUUGGUUCCAUCAUUAGCAUUUAUUUCAUCGAUAGAAUCGGAAGGAAAAAGCUUUUGAUCAUUAGUCUUUUGGGAGUCAUUGUCUCUCUUGGAUUGCUAACUGGUGUUUUCCAUGAAGCAGCUACUCAUGCUCCUGCGGUUAGCUCCCUCGAGACACAAAGGUUCAAUAACGUUACUUGUCCGGAUUACAACUCAUCCUUGAAAGCACAAACUUGGGAUUGUAUGACUUGUUUGAAAGCUUCUUCUCCUUCUUGUGGGUUUUGUUCAUCUCCCAGUGGAAAGGAACAUCCUGGUGCUUGUUGGGUCUCUAAUGACUCGGUUAAGGACUUAUGUCAUAGUGAAAACCGGCUUUGGUACACAAGGGGAUGUCCUAGUAAUUUUGGUUGGUUUGCUCUUCUUGGAUUGGGACUUUAUAUCAUUUUCUUCUCUCCCGGGAUGGGGACUGUUCCAUGGAUAGUUAACUCAGAGAUUUAUCCAUUGAGAUUCAGAGGAAUCUGUGGAGGAAUAGCUGCAACUGCAAAUUGGAUUUCAAAUUUAAUUGUGGCUCAAUCUUUCUUGUCUUUGACUGAAGCUAUUGGCACUUCUUGGACUUUCCUCAUGUUUGGAGUGAUCUCAGUCAUUGCUCUUCUCUUUGUUGUGGUGUGUGUUCCGGAGACGAAAGGAAUGCCAAUGGAGGAGAUUGAGAAGAUGCUUGCAGGAAGAUCUCUUCAUUUCAUGUUCUGGAAGAAAAGAUCACAGCCUGUUGAGAAACGAAACCAGAGUGUAUAAGAGAAAACUGUUUAAAGAUUUAAUUAGCAAUAUCAAUAAGAAAUCACAUGAAGAUUUGUAAGUCUGUAUUGAAACUUUGAUAGUGACUAUUUCAUGAUCCUCUUUUUAAGAACCA